GUAGAUUUUAUGAUGAAAUACUAUUUUUUGACUGAUUGAAACUUUUAUUAGUAGAUUGCACAGUACAGUACAUAUUCCAUACAAUUGACCAUUAAAUGGUCACACCCAAAUAAGUUUUUCAACUUGUUUAAGUCGGGGUCCACGUUAAUCAAUUCAGGGUACGCUGUUAGCUCAGUGGCCAGAAUUUUACUGUAAAAAUAAGUGGUGGCAUUUUUCCAUUUACAAUAAUAGACUGUAAAAACAACACAAAUUUUGGCAUUUUGUUCUGCCAAUUUCUUACUGUAAAAUCUACAGAUUUUUUACAGUGCACCAUAGGAAAUAAUGACCUUUGACCUGUGCAUGUGGGACAUGGUGUAAGCUUUUUUUACUCUGGCAGACUAGGAAUAAGAACAAAAGUGAGUGAAAUUUGAAGCGUUGCGUGCACCUGAACCUGUCAACACGGGUGUCUAAAUCGGCCGUGCAACACGAUAGGCGGGAGGUUGACGUUGCGUGACGCCAGCUGCACUGUAAGCCGGCACUCCGGCGAUUAAGAAGCGAGGCAACGGCCAUGGAGCACAGCGUUAUCCGUCUGAGCCACUGCCACAAGGACAUCUUCUGCUUCUCACUACCGGAGGAGUGUCCUGCCUGUGGGGAACAACUGAAGGGAGGCAGGCUUCAGGAGGCGCCGGUCAGCCUGCCCUCCCCGCUGGCUGACGGACACAAGAGCUCCUGCUGCCUCCUCAUCACACCCACUGAUGACAACAUGCGCAGGGACUUUGAAGGAACAUCAGAUCUGCACACUGGCAUCUCCAGCACUUCAGGAGUUGUGUACAACUACACUGAGAGAGGAGUAAACAGAGACGUGAGUGGCUGGCAACACUGCGUCAGCAUCCCUCUGGUCAGACCUGACAGGUUCCACCUCCUGGCUCAAUGGGAUCAGUACCUGGACCGCUUCUCAGACGUACCCUUGUGGGAUCCUACCUGGCACAGAUUCAAUGAAGACAACCACAACUGCUUCAGCUUUUGUCUCCAGUUCAUCAACAGUGUGCUGUUGGUGGAGGGACGACCUCCUCUGACCAGGGAAACGUUCACCCGCACUUUUAUCCUGCCGAGAAUGGUGAGGGUCUCCAAGUACAUGACGCUGUGCAGACAUAUCGAGAAAGAAUACUUCUAUGUGGUGGACAGACAGGCCGAGGGCCAAGACGAAGCCUGAGUAGGAUGUUAAUGUACAAGACUUAAAUACUUUUUUUCAUUUUCAACUUGUUAUCCGUGUUAAUUGUUGUAUGUUUUACCAAUAAAGCAGUUGUCAGAUGUG